GGGGCGCGGGGAGCCCGGGGCGGGGCUCAGCCUCGUUGUGGAGCGGGUUGUAAUCCAUCAUGGCGGCCGAGGGGGUUGGUGUCUUUGCUUGAGAAGCAGCGCCGGAGCCGGUGGCAGUGUACCCGCAGCUAAGGCGCCCCCCCGGCCCCCGGCCUCCGCCCCCGCCGCUGCAGCCCCGCGCCCCAGCUGGGAGGGGGAGAGACAGAGAGAGAGAGAGGCAGAGUGAGGCAGGCAGAAGGGGAGGCAGGUUGGCAGGGAGGGAGCGGGCGGACGCUCGGGAGCUCCGGGGGCUAUGACUGAGUGACCAUUGGCCGGGGUGGGAGACCCGAGGGAGGAAGGACCGCCGGGCCGGGGGCGGCGGGUAUCUCCGGGCCGAGCUUCUUCCUCCUCCACCGUGAGGACUGGGCAGCUCUUCCCCUCCCCCCCCUUACCCUCCCCAUAGGCAUCUUGGUGACUCCCUCCCGACCCCUUUUGGGGUACCGGGGAGGCGGAACUCUCCAGCAGGGUCGUACCCCCACCCCGGUGCCUGGAGCUCCUCCGCCUAUCCCUCCCCCAUGGGAGACGGUCGUGAGCCUCUUUCCUUCCCCUGCUGACCCCUGUCCCCCUAGACUGUCCUGUUCCACUCCUUUUUUUCAGAGGUUCCCCAACUCUGCCACUCACUUCUCCCCCUCACUUUUCCCCCUCUUCCUCCUCCCGCUUUUAUCCCUUCCCCAAAAGGCUGCCAAGUUUUCUCCUCUGUCCCGGGUUCAGCUUCUCCCCGGUGCCACCCAUUCAAACACUCUUCCUCAUCCAUUUGCUUUCCCUCCCUCCCCCCUCCCCGCUCCAACCUUGCCAACCUCUAAUGCCCUGAGUCUUUUUCUAUGUCACCUAAGGCCUUAUUAGGCGCUAGACAGCCCCAAACUUUAAUGCAAAGGAAAAGCCUGGGUUGGUUCCACAGGCCCUUUAAAAAAGCUGACUUGAAAUUGCUGGCAAUGCAUUCCUUGAGUGACUGGCUGCUAGUGUAAAUCUGUUUGUGAAGUCCGGGUGACCCUGCUCGGUUUUCCGGAGAGAAGUAGCAGCCAGAUUGGCAGGAAAUUUGUCAAAGAUGAAGAAACCAAGAUAGGGUUUGGGCGACUUCCACAGGAAAAGUUUCAGAGCGGGUAUGCAGAUCCUUCUGUCAAAGACCAUUCCUCAUUUUUUUUCUGAUAAGCAGAGACCCAGAAACAGCUACACUUUUGUCUUUGUUUGGAAAUCUGCAAUGACACUGGCAUACCUGACCCUUUUAGACUUAAGUAAUACUCCAUGCAAAUAUUUUACUCUCAAGAGGGAUGCAAAAAUUACAGGGGGGAAAGUUCAUUCCUUGUGAAUAUUUUUUUAAAUGGCUGCACUUUUGGAAAGAAAUUAAUUCCUGUUCAACAAGUAAAAGACAUCCAAAUCAAUUGACAUUUUGAUAACAUUAUAGUUCUAUUAAUCAGACUGAUAAACUGUAAAAUUGGAGCUCCUCUUUACCUGAGCGGACUUUGAAGCCUUUUUUAUGCUUGGUUUUGGGAGAGUUCUCUUGUGAUUGACUUCAGUAAGUGACUUCUGGAAUGUGAAUGUGAAACCCAAAUUAUAUAUACUGUUGUCAUUCUAAGCUCUUGGACCAUUCUGGAAGAUCUGAAACCCUCUUCUUCUGGAAAGGGCUGUCUAUUAUUCCUUUAUGGGGCAGCAGCCUGGAAAAGUCCUUGGGGACCAGAGAAGGCCAAGUUUGCCUGCCCUACACUUUAUCAAAGGAGCAGGGAAGAAGGAAUCAUCAAGACAUGGGGGUCCACACUGCAAUGUUUUUGUGGAACAUGAAGCCCUUCAGAGGCCAGUUACUGCAUCUGAUUUUGAGCCUCAAGGUCUGAGUGAAGCAGCUCGUUGGAACUCUAAGGAAAACCUUCUUGCAGGUCCCAGUGAAAAUGACCCUAACCUUUUUGUUGCACUGUAUGACUUUGUGGCCAGUGGGGAUAACACUCUAAGCAUAACUAAAGGUGAAAAGCUCCGUGUCUUGGGCUAUAAUCACAAUGGAGAAUGGUGUGAAGCCCAAACCAAGAAUGGACAGGGAUGGGUUCCAAGCAACUAUAUCACCCCAGUCAACAGUUUGGAGAAACAUUCUUGGUACCAUGGGCCUGUGUCACGCAAUGCUGCCGAAUACCUGCUGAGCAGUGGAAUCAAUGGCAGCUUUCUGGUUCGAGAGAGUGAGAGCAGCCCAGGCCAGCGGUCUAUCUCACUAAGAUACGAGGGAAGGGUGUACCACUACAGGAUAAACACUGCAUCUGAUGGAAAGCUGUACGUCUCUUCAGAAAGCCGCUUUAACACUUUGGCAGAGUUGGUUCAUCACCAUUCAACAGUGGCAGAUGGAUUGAUCACCACUUUGCAUUACCCAGCUCCCAAGAGAAACAAACCCACCAUAUAUGGAGUGUCUCCUAACUAUGAUAAGUGGGAGAUUGAGCGGACAGACAUUACCAUGAAGCACAAACUUGGAGGAGGGCAGUAUGGAGAAGUGUAUGAAGGUGUAUGGAAAAAAUAUAGCCUAACCGUGGCUGUAAAAACCUUGAAGGAAGACACUAUGGAGGUGGAAGAGUUCUUGAAAGAAGCUGCAGUAAUGAAAGAGAUCAAACACCCUAACUUAGUACAAUUACUAGGGGUGUGUACUCGGGAACCCCCAUUCUAUAUAAUCACCGAGUUCAUGACCUAUGGAAACCUGUUAGAUUAUCUGCGAGAGUGUAAUCGGCAGGAGGUGAAUGCAGUUGUGCUGCUAUACAUGGCCACUCAGAUCUCAUCAGCUAUGGAGUACCUGGAGAAGAAAAACUUCAUCCACAGGGAUCUUGCAGCCCGAAACUGCCUUGUAGGGGAAAACCACUUGGUGAAGGUGGCUGAUUUUGGCUUGAGCAGGUUAAUGACAGGAGAUACCUACACAGCCCAUGCUGGAGCUAAGUUCCCAAUCAAAUGGACAGCACCUGAAAGCCUGGCUUACAAUAAAUUUUCCAUUAAGUCUGAUGUCUGGGCAUUUGGGGUUUUGCUUUGGGAAAUUGCAACAUAUGGUAUGUCCCCUUACCCUGGAAUUGAUCUGUCACAAGUAUAUGAAUUGUUGGAAAAAAACUAUCGCAUGGAACGUCCAGAAGGCUGUCCAGAAAAAGUCUAUGAACUCAUGAGAGCAUGUUGGCAGUGGAGUCCUUCUGACCGACCCUCCUUUGCUGAAAUCCACCAAGCCUUUGAAACGAUGUUUCAGGAGUCCAGCAUAUCAGAUGAGGUGGAAAAAGAGUUGGGGAAGAAAGGUGUGCGAAGUGUUGUCAGUACAUUGCUGCAAGCACCAGAAUUGCCAACUAAAACCAGAACAUCCAGGAGAGCUGCUGAAAAUAAAGACACCAGUGAGCUGCUUGACCCUCCUCAUGGGAGGAGUCAGGGAGAAGGUGAUCCUUUAGAUCAUGAGCCUGCUGUUUCUCCACUACUCCCGAGGAAAGAAAGAGUUCCCCAGGACAGUAGCCUGAAUGAAGACGAACGCCUUCUUCCCAAAGACAAGAAAACCAACCUCUUUAGUGCCCUGAUCAAGAAGAAGAAGAAAACUGCUCCAACCCCCCCAAAACGCAGCAGUUCUUUUCGGGAGAUGGACGGCCAUUCAGACCGCAGGGGAGGUGGAGAGGAUGAGGCUCGAGAUGUCCUCAAUGGGGCUUGUAUUACAGCUCCCUUAGAUGCAGCUGAGCCAUCCAAGUUUCCAGGUCCAAGCAAUGGGGUGAGUGUUAGCAAUGGAGCUGUAUCAGGGAGCUCAGGCUUCCGGUCUCCCCACUUGUGGAAAAAAUCCAUUGCAUCGACAAGUAGCCGAUUGGCAGCCAAUGAAGAAGAAAGUAAUACCAACUCCAGCAAGCGUUUCCUGCGGUCGUGCUCUGCCUCUUGCGUACCCCAUGGGGCCAAGGACACAGAAUGGAGGUCAGUAACGCUACCUCGGGACCUGCAGUCCACUGGGAGGCAGUUUGAUUCUUCUACAUUUGGUGGGCACAAGAGUGAGAAACCAGCCUUGCCUCGGAAACGGGCAAGUGAGAAUAAAACUGAUGUGACUUCCAGAGGCACAGUGACCCCACCACCCAGGCUAUUGAAACAAAAUGAGGAGGCUAUUGAUGAUGUCUUCAAAGAUACAGAGUCUAGUCCUGGUUCUAGCCCCCCAAGUUUGACGCCAAAACUAGUCCGUAGGCAAGUCACAGCGACGGCUUCCUCUGGCCUGUCCCACAAGGAUGAAACUGGGAAACCUAGUGCCUUAGGAGCCCCUGCUGUACUUGAACAAGUCCCCGCUAGCAAAGCUGCCUCCAGUGCAUUUAUGGGGACCAGUAAGGUCUCUAGUGAGGAGCCCAGAGUGAGGAGGCACAAACAUUCUUCUGAAUCAUUAGGGAAGGACAAGGGAAAACUCUCCAAACUUAAACCUGCCCCACCUCCUCCACCAUCAUCAUCUGCUGGGAAGUCCACAAAGUCCUCUCAUAGCCCUGGCCAGGAAUCAGUGGGGGAUGGAGGACCUAGUAUUAAAGCAAAACAGUUGACUAUCGUAGCAGAUGCUGUGAACAGUGAUGCUACCAAACAAAACCAGUCAGGAGAGGGUGUCAAAAAGCCUGUGCUCUCCUCUGUACCAAAGCCACAGUCAUCCAACAAACUGUCGAUGGCCCCAACAACCACUCCGACCACUUCUCCCUCUACUUUACCAUCUGCUUCGUCGACCCUUGGAGGGGAACAGCUGUCUUCCACUGCUUUUAUCCCUCUCAUAUCCACCCGAGUGUCCCUGCGGAAAACCCGCCAGCCCCCAGAGAGGCUUGCUAGUGGUGCUAUCACAAAAGGUGUGGUCCUAGACAGCACUGAGGCCUUGUGCCUAGCUAUCUCCAAAAACUCAGAGCAGAUGGUCAGCCAUAGUGCUGUGCUGGAAGCAGGAAAAAACCUUUAUACUUUCUGUGUGAGCUACGUGGACUCCAUCCAGCAGAUGCGGAACAAGUUUGCUUUCAGGGAGGCCAUCAAUAAGUUGGAAAACAACCUCCGAGAGCUUCAGAUCUGCCCUGCGACGGCAGGCAGCGGCCCUGCUGCCACCCAGGACUUUAGCAAGCUUCUCAGCUCAGUGAAAGAAAUCAGCGAUAUUGUUCAGAGGUAGCAGAAGCCAGGGCUCAGCCAGCCAGAGCUGACUGCUGAUAGUUGUAGCCUAAGAGCUAUGGUAGACUGACAAAAGACCAGUGAACCAGUGCCUCCAGGACAGGAAAAGGCGUACAAGGUACAGACUGUGGAGCACACACAGCCUGACUGCCUAGGCCAUGGGAUGUCAAUCAUGAUAGGUUUUUCUCCCUUUCAGCCCAGGUUUCCUGAGUCUUUGCUGUACUGAAACUCAUCUGUGGAGUUCCAUCUCUGUGGACUGAAGCCAAAAUACCAAGGCCCCACUGUCCCUUUUUACUAACGCCGCUUUAGAAUGAGCUUUAAGUUGAAGUGGGAAUGGAAGACAUGGGGUUUUGUUUUCUUCCUCUCCAGAGGCGUUCCUGUGUCCUUCUCUUGCCAUUUUCCCAAAGGAUGAAUCUCCUGAACACUAACAUAUUUGAGCCUUUCCAGUGAAGUAUUGCUAACACUCACCUCUCCUUGUCCUGUGAAGGGAAUUGUCCUGAUUGAUUUUGUUAAGUCUCCUAAGCUAAAAAAUAUGUUUGAGGGUGCUCAGAGCAAUCACUGCAAGGUUGGCCUCUUUGAUUCACCUGUUGGCCAAAAGCUAAGUUUUCCCCCUUGUUUUCUUAUGUGAAGGAGAGCUGAUGAUUAUUGGGUUAGUAAGUUGUGAUAAGGGAACCAACUGGCUGGCUCAUCAAAUGAGCAGUGAAGGCCAAGGAGGAGGUACAGAUGAUUUGUGAUUAAGGUCAUCCAGCCUUUCCUUUAUCCUGGAGAAGAAAUUGCCUCCCUUUUGUGACAUGUAGUGCCAAACUUGGGCCAACAGACUUUGGUUCCUAAAGAAAAUGGGGUUGAUGCUGCUGCAAUGACAUAGAGAAGGAACAGGCCAGGAAAGUGGGGGGACAAUUAGAGAAGUUAUUCAGCUGCCCACAGCAGACCGAGUCGGUGCCCUUGGCAGGUCUAGGACUGCCCUUUUACAGUUCUAGUCACUGGAUGACAUGCUGAGAACAGAAGUCUGGAUCCAGUCAUGUAUUCAUUUAUUUCCUUCUCAUGCACUCCUCUAAGCAAAGCACAUUCUUACAACCCCUUUCUGAGACAAUAGACUAUUUAGUUUCCUGACAUUCUUGAAGGCUCCCUGAGCAAGCUUCGUUCUCUGUAAAUCUAUGAGCAUCAUCACGGCCGCCAGUUCUUAUACAGAAGCUAGCAGCCAGUGAGCACAGAGUUCAUUGCACCAAAGAGAAAGGAAAAAAGGGUUGACAUCCAAAGGCCCUGGCCGCAUUUGGCCACACGCUUGGAGUUUGGAGAAUGCCUUUUAUUUAAUUACAAUGAACAACACUUAUCAAUCUAAUGUUUCUCUAGGGGUUCUGUCAGGGACUGUUAAGGGGGGAGGGAAAGCCCACAGAAAGUAUUUCAAAUGGCAGGCAGCCAUCUUUUGUCUUGCUCAUUCUUCCCCAGGGACUCCCCGGGAGUGCUGAAGGUGUGGGGACCAUGACUCACGGGGCAGCCACUCGCAGUUUUCCUUGACCUCUAUAUGCCAAUAUUCAGGCUGGUUGAGGGGCAGGAAGCUAUAGGCCAGGGACUAAAGAGAGACUCGCCCCAUUACCCAAGAAACAAGGGUUAUGACUAGUAAUGGUGCAAUUUAACCCCUUUACGGUUACAGAAACCAGGAGAAAAACCACAUUCCUUCCCCCUUCCCUCUAACUCCUGUGACCCUAUUGCAUUACACUAUUUUUACACUAAUCACCUUAACUUGUAUUUUAUUUUUCUGCUAGAAAUCGUUUUUAAAAUGGCUUCCUUUCAAUACCCUUUUUAUAUUCUCAUGUCACCUCUUUGCCCUCACAGACUGCUGUAAUUUACAAACAGAAGGAGAUGUUAAAACACCACCAGCUGCCUUUUAAACAGACAAAACAAAACAAACCACACACACACACAAACCUUUGGACUGUUUUAUGAGGUACUGUUUUUGUUUUGUUAACAUAAUGUGCCACUAUAGUAUGCAUUUGUAUCUUGCUAUUACACUCUUUUAUAGACUUACUCUUUUAUAAAUGUGUAAAUAGUUUUUCAACUGUCCUUCCUGUAAUACCCAUGGUGCCAUUUUCUUUUUUUUUUUUUUUUGGUCCAAUACAUUUUGUUCAAUAUGUGACUCUCCUAAUGUUUUUUGAGUCUAAGUCUGUCUUCCUUAGUAUUUUUUAAAUAAAUCAAUGUUGGC